CCCCCCGAUGCUAAUGAAUUUGAAAGCCGGGCAUAACUGUAUCGUCUUCCACCCGUAAUUUAGGUCUGGGCGGUUACGCUAUUGUGUGGCUGUGAUCGGCGCUUAACCUCCGCUAGGUUUCCGCCACCACAAAAGCUCACGAGGGGGCCUCACCGUACUUCUCGGACAGCCAUUCCCUCGGGUUUCUUCCCCUCCUCUGAUUUCUAUCCAUCCCCUUCCUCUCCAUCCUUACCCCAUAAAAAAAAUUGAUACAAAAAGACGCCCGAGGAUAAUAAGUCCAUCGCUGUACCAGAUCUUUUAUCCCAGUAUCCAUUAUCCGUUAUCUUUCAUCAGAAUCCCUUGGAAGGGAGGGAUUGUGUUCUAUUUGUUUACGCUUGUUCUCCUCUAGGGUUUUUUUAAGGGAGGAGGGUAGAUAUUAUCAGAAAAAAAAAAGUGUUAAAAAAAAAGAGAUACGUUUCAUGGCGCAGGUGCAGAUUCCAUUGGCGGUUUCUAACGGGUCUUUGGAGAUUAAUGUCGCCUCUUCUUCCGGCGGCGAUGGGAACGCGAAUGCGUUACCGUCGACCUCGCUGUACGUGGGGGACCUUGAUAGUAGCGUGACGGACUCGCAAUUGUUUGAUUUGUUUGGCCAGAUCGGGCAGGUUGUGUCUGUUCGCGUGUGCCGUGAUGUUACUACCCGCCGAUCGCUCGGAUAUGCUUACGUUAAUUUCAGCAAUCCGGUGGAUGCGGCAAGGGCACUGGAAUUGCUGAACUUCACCCCUCUGUAUGGGAAGCCUAUUCGAAUAAUGUAUUCAAAUCGUGACCCUAGCUUGCGUAAGAGCAGUGCAGCCAACAUAUUUAUUAAGAAUCUGGAGAAGGCAAUUGAUAACAAAGGUCUUCUGGAAACAUUUUCUGUAUUUGGUAACAUUCUUUCUUGCAAAGUUGAAACUGAUGCGUCUGGCCAGUCAAAAGGCUUCGGCUUUGUACAGUUUGAGAAAGAGGAAGCUGCACUAAAUGCUAUUGAAAAGUUAAAUGGAAUGUGUCUCAAUGACAAGCCAAUUUAUGUUGGACGUUUCCAUCGAAAAGCGGAGAGGGAGAUUAUUGCAGAUAUUGCAAAAUUUAACAAUGUAUUUGUAAAAAAUUUAUCGGAAUCUACAACAGAAGAUCAUCUUAAAGAAGUUUUUGGUGAAUUUGGAAAAAUUACUAGUACUGUUGUAAUGAGAGCGGAUGAUGGAAAGUCUAAGUGCUUUGGUUUUGUGAAUUUUGAGAAUCCCGAUGAUGCUGCACGAGCUGUAAAUGAACUCAAUGGGAAAAAAUUUGAUGGAAAAGAGUGGUAUGUUGGAAAGGCACUGAAGAAAUACGAAAGAGAAAGGGAGAUAGAAUUUAACGGAAGAAGUGAGCCGAGUAACAAGGAGAUUGUUAACAAUUAUCAAGGCCUUAAUUUAUUCCUGAAGAACUUAGAUGAUAGUAUUGGGGAUGAGAAAUUGAAGGAAUUGUUUUCUGAAUUUGGCACUAUCACAUCUUGCAAGGUGAUGCGAGAAUCAAAUGGAGCAAGUAAAGGAUCGGGGUUUGUUGCUUUUUCAACAGCAGGAGAAGCUUCUCGAGCGCUUUCGGAAAUGAAUGGCAAGAUGAUUGGCAGUAAACCUCUAUAUGUUGCUUAUGCACAACGUAAGGAAGAAAGGAGAGCACAACUGCAGGCUCAUUAUGCCCCAAUGCGUCCAGUGGCGGUGGGUACAUCUGCUGCUCCAAGGUUGCCAAUGUACUCCCCUGGUGCUCCUGGACUGCAGCAACAAUUAUUUUAUGGUCAAGGUCCUCCUACUCUCAUUCCUCCACAGACUGGUUUUGGCUUCCAGCAGCAGUUACUAUCCGGAGUCAGACCUGGAGGGGUACCAAUGCCAAAUUUCUUAAUGCCAUUGGGUCAACAAGCUCCGCAAGCUCAACGACCGAGUCUCAUACAUCCCACGAUGGGUCCAAUCCAACCACAACGGCCUCUCCCAAUUGUGCAUCAUCAGAUGCUUCCUCGAGGACGUGGUGGCUAUCGUUACCCUCUCGGACGAAAUGGGUUUGAUGUUCCGAUGCCGGGCGGUUUCACAGGCAGAAUGCCAUCUGCUUAUGACAUGGGGGGUUGGCCGGCAGGGGAUGGUGCUAUGAUGCAGACAACUUCUGUUGAUUCGAUGACCACGGCUCUUGCCAAUGCAACCCCAGAUCAGCAGAGGAUGAUUCUUGGGGAGAAUCUGUAUCCUCUGGUGUACGAGAUGGAGCGUGAGAAUUCAGCAAAGGUAACUGGAAUGCUUUUGGAAUUGGAUCAAACGGAAGUUCUGCACCUGCUGGAGUCUCCCGAAGCUCUCAAGGCCAAGGUUGGUGAGGCUCUGGAGGUCCUCAAGGAUAGCGCUGGUGCGCCCCCACUCCGAACCGCCACGGAUCAGCUCGCCGGACUCUCUCUCAAUCCUGGCCUUGUUUCCUGAACUCCCAAGUAACAAUAAUAAUCAUUAUAAUUAUCGUACCUUAUGAAUCAUUUAAAUAUUUGCUUUUGUUUGAUUUGGCAUUCAUUUGAUUGUGACACCUGUUUGUAUGGCUUGGCCGUGAGACCAUGUUUGUGUUUUGCGUUUUCUGAAAAGAUCGUUAUGUGUUGACUUAUGCUCUAUUUCUCCUUUCU